AGGUGUUUUCCUAUGAGCAAAAUAGUAAAUAAAUAAAAUCAGUUUUUUAGUUAUUUUUAUGCUUUUCACCUGAUAACAAACAAAUGAACGACGUAGAGCUAAUCAGAUUGAUAGAAAAAUAUCCGAUACUCUACGACAAGGACAGCGCACGCAGUGCCAAAAAUGCGGCCAACAAGGACGCCGCCUGGAAAACCAUUUCAAUAAAAAUGGGCGCCAGCGAACGGGCCUGCAUUACGCGCUGGAAGAGCAUACGCGAUCGGUUUGGCAAGGAGUUCCGACGGUUCCAGGAGAACCCGGACAGCCCCACCUACUGGGACAUGUUUCCGCGCCUGCUCUUCCUCAAGGAUCACUACAAACACGGCCUGGUCAAGCACGAGAGUCUCGAUGGCAUGAAAUUCGAGCCCAGGCACAGAAAGCCGCGCCGCAUCCGCCCGGAGGAGCCGGAGAAGAAACAGCGCGACGAGGACUAUGAGGGGGACCCCGGCGAUAUUGAGCUGUGCCACCAGCUCAUCGAGCUGGUCAAACUGCAUCCGGUGCUCUACGAUAGACACAAAAUACGCAUUUCCAAGAAUCUGUCGAUCAAAAAUGAAGCCUGGCGCGCCAUCUCCGAGAGCCUGAGCGUGUCCGAGGAACUCUGCUACAAUCGCUGGAAGAAGCUGCGCGAUCGCUUUGCCCGCGAAUAUCGCAACAAUCAAAUUAAUCCGGCGGCGCCGAUCACCUGGCGUUAUUUCAACGAUCUGCUCUUUCUGGGCCGGCAUUUCCGCAAGGGCGUGCCCUUGAUAAUUGAGAAUAUCAAGAAACGCGGCCGGCCGCCCAAAACUUCUCAGCCGGCCUGCCAGGCGAAGCAGAGAUCAAUCGAGAGCCUCAGUCCGGCGGCGGGCGAGCACAUCUGGGGCGCGGAUUAUCCGUACAGCACGGACAACGACGAGCUGGAGGAUGAGCUGCAGUACGAGGAUCAGCAUGAUUUCGAGGUGAUCAGCGAGGCGGAGCAGAAGGCGCAUAUGGACUAUGUGCAAAUGGAAAUGCCGCUCGACGAGCAUGAGUUAUUGGAAUCACACACAGAAUCUCUGGAGGCGCAGCAGGUGCACAUAAGCGCCAGCUCCAUACCUGUCAUGCUGGAGCAGGAGGAGGAGCAGGAGGAAGAGGAGGAGGAGGAGGACGAAGCGGAGGGGAACCUUACGGAAGAUAUAACGGACGAUUCAUCGGCCUUGAUAGAGAGCGUCCUGGCAGACGAUCAACUGCUGCCCAGCGCCGAGAAGCUAAUGGGCACCGUCAUCUCCAACAUGGAGACUGUGCUGCAGCAGUCCAAGGAUUGCCUGCAGGCGCUGCAGCAGGCAGCCAACGCGCCGGCGCAGCCAACAACCACGAGCCUGUUGAGCAAGGUGCAAAUGCUGCUCGAUGGGCUGGGCCCGGAGCAGCGACGACAGGCGGAACGGAAAAUUGUGCAUUUCCUAUGCGAGUGUCAAAUAAAAACGCUGGACGGGCAGGAAAUCGAGGAUGUGGCGCCGUGUCACAUAUUCAGUUGAUUAAUGGCUAAGCAGAUGAUCAAAAACAAGUGUUCCAAAUUGUAUUC